AUGCAAAAUACCUAUUCAAAUUAUUAUGAUGAAUAUCUACGUUCCAUUACUGGAAAUAUCAGUCAGCAUACUACAAGUAUAGAGGACCUAAAACCAACCUCAGGACAAAUGAACCAAAACACAUUACUGAACAAUCUCACAUUAUGGAGUAUGUUUUUUGACGGCUACUCAGCUAAUUCACGUAAACAAAAGGACAUUCAUCAGGAGCAUCAAAGCAGUGAUAAGCAACUCUUCGACUACAAUAAUCUAGGAUACGGACAUGAAGCAACAACAUUUAGUGCAGCAACAAAGCCAAUCGAUUUGUCGACAGCUGUAAACUCAGCAAAUAAUAUCCCACAAUGUGAAACUAUGAAUAACUUUUCUGCAGAUCAGCAAUUAAUUAAACUAGAUGAAUCACAAAUUGACAGUCCUUAUAUUAAUCAUCACUGUCAUCCGAAGAACUUUCAUCCAUAUUGA